GAAGGUGGCGGUUUUUCCUGAGGAGGGUGUUUGUUCUGCUCUCCGUCCCCCUCCCCGCAGGGAAGGCUGAGGGCGCUGCGGGCGCUGAAGUCCGUGGUGAGGUCCCCGCCCCGGAGCCCCUCACAGCGGUCCUUCUGCCUAUGCAUAUGAGGUGAGCUGAUUAACAGGCUGUGCUGACGUCUUUGAAGGCACAUUCUGUGACGCCUCAACACAUUGUCAUCUGAGAAGACAACCCAGACCCCAUCAGGACCAGGACCACAUGGCUGCUCCUCAGGGACCGUUGUCCUUCGGGGAUGUGGCCGUCGAUUUCUCUCAGGAGGAGUGGGAAUGCCUGGAUGCAUUUCAGCGGAAGUUGUACCUGGAUGUGAUGUUGGAGAACUGCAGCAACCUGGCCUCCCUGGCUAUGUCAUCUGAAGGUGACCAGGCCCUUAUGCCAAAGUCUGGAAUACAAGAUUUAUUCUCUGAAAAAAUACUGAGCCCUCAGGACAGAACCAAUGCACCAGCGGCUAACCAUAAACCCUCUCGUUGUUAUGUUAAUUGUUCACUGUUCGGCUUGUGA